AAUCGUGCAAAGUGCAGAAAUGAGACAACUAGCUCUGCUCUGGGCUCUGCUGGCUGCGCUGACCGCGACUCAAGCAGCGCUGCAGCGCCCACCACACGGCUACGACGAUGACAACACGCCACUUCAGCUGAGUCUCGAGGAUCUGGAGCGCGAGCAGGAGCAGCGGCUCGACCUCAAUCGUCUGCCACUGCUGCCCACGCAUUACGAGUGGCAUCCCAGCGUGGCGGCCAGUGUGCCGCCCAGCUACAUCCACGACGCCGCCAAGCUGGAGCAGCUUCAGCUAAAUGGCGUGCAAUAUCUGAAUGGCAAUGCGCUGCCAGCUCCCACCACCACAGUGCUGCCACGCCCCAUACCCAGACCCGUACCACGUCCGCUGCGACCGCCCUACGCUUUCUUGCAGCAGCAGCACCACCACCACCUGGCAGCGCCGUCGCAGCGCCCCAGCCUCAGUUCGUCAGUGCUGCUGCCGCAGUCCAAGCAGUUCGCCUAUGCCCCCGUGGGCCAGCGCAAUUAUGCGCCCGGCACCCGCAUACCGCUGCCCUAUCCGCCCAGUUUUGUCAGCAUUACGACGCGACGGCCAGCGUCUGGGUACGCAGGCAGCUACUCGAAGCCCUUCCGGCCAUCGCAGCCAGAUCUGACCCCGGAUCUGUUCGCCGGACGUGACUCCAAGUCGCUGCUGGACUCCUACAUACCCAGCUGGGAGGUGCUGCGUCUGUACCAGCAGCACCAAACGCCGCGGCCAUUCCAGAGCCACACGCUGGCCUACGCUGUGCCCAUCCAGCGAGUCUUCAAGCGCGACUCCCAGCCACAGACGGUGCCGGAGCGCAGCCGCAUUGUCAAAAAGUCCCUGGACAAGCAGCUGGCGCCACAUUAG